AUGCCAGACACUCUCCCCAACGGCGAAUGGCUCGAGGUUGGCGAGAGCCUCUGGAGCGAGAAUGGCGAAUUUGAGUUCAGGAUGCAAGAUGAUGGCAAGAUCGCCGUGUACCAAGGCGGUGACCCGGACAACGGCGACGACGGUAGAUGCAUUUGGCAGAACACUGCCGAACAGCGCUACGAUAUAAAGGGUAUCAGGAUGCAAGAAGACGGAAACUUUUGCAUGUAUACCCAUGAUGGUGAAGAACCCGAACACUGUGCCUGGCACAGUGACACCGCCGGGGACGUUGGGGAUGACACUGUCUACUGCAUCAUGCAGAAUGAUGGUAACGUCGUUCUCUAUAAGGAUAACGAUGAGCCCAUUUGGGCCACCAAUACCGGCCGAUGA